CUUUUUUAUGAAGAUGGGCAGGAGAAUGUUUACAACGAUCUAGGGAUAAAAGUUUUUGACCCUAUGGAGGAUGUUCUAACGCAAAUCACAGACCCUAACGUUGUCCUGGAAACUAUAGCCACACAGAGCUCAUAUUUAGAAGCUCGCAAAUCUAUUGAGGAAAGAAAUGUUAAGAAAAGCGAUGAUGUAGAGCCAAAAGCCGUCACGAAACCAAAAUUGAAGCAGAAUAUGUAUAAUGAUUAUAGCGAUAAUACAAGAGAGGUGUUUAUAGAUCGAAUGUUAGAAAGCGCUGAAGAAAGAGGAAGGAUAGUUCGAUUUGCAAAAGAGCUUGGUGUUGAACCUCGCACUGCCCGGAGAUGGUGGAAACGUUAUCAGGAAACAAAUGAAGUGCCAUACAAACUUUCAAAAAAUAAUGUUGGCCGUCCAAGCUCUUUCACAACUGAACACGAGACAUAUAUUCGAGAACUACUUGAUAAAGAUCCUCAGCUUUAUUCUGAAGAUAUUAUCGGUGAGCUAUCUAAAGAAUUUAUGGGCUUUUCUAUUUCCAAAACGCAGCUUAAUCAUCACUUGAGGAACAAUAUGCUUGUGACGAUUAAAAAACCUACAUUUGAACCCGAAGCUAGAAACUCUACUGAUAACUUAGAGACGAGAUAUGAAUGGUUUAGAAAUGGAAAGACUCUGAUGUAG